UGCCUGAGAGGUGGGGGAAUCACUGAGUAUAAAUAUAUGGAGAGGGAAGGCACAGACAGGCACAUAUCAGGAGAGGUCCGGACACAGGAGAACAGAGCUGCCCCAAGUGGUCCCGUCACAAUGAAGGCUCUUCUAUGGAGUAUAGUUUUAGUCUGCUUACUUUCCCACGUGCUUUGUGACUGCCAGAAGGACUGUGUCACCUGCAACAAGCACUUGUAUCAACAGGACAACUUCAACACUCUGCUCUGCAUCGUGGAGUGCGAAGGAAAAAUCUACUCCAGUUCCAUGUGGGGUGUAUGCAAAACCGUCCUCAUAAAGUCCUCGAUACAGCUCAGCAUGGACAGUUUCGAGGAGAACUUCAAACCAUUCAGCGACAACCAAUUCUCCGCCAACUUCAAGCGUCUGAACGACCUGACCAAAGUGGUCGACUUGAGUAAGAUCAAGGACGAGAAGAGAUUGUCCAAAAUUAGCGACCUGAUCCGCGAGCAAGAAGAAGACGCCAGCAUCGACGGAGGGGAAACCGCGCUCGGCAUGACCACCGGGCCCGACGAAUUCCAAGACUUGCCAAAUCCGCCGAACGCCGUGUCUAAACGCUUCGGGGGUUUCGUCAAGGGAAAGUACAGCUAUAGGAAAUUCAUGGGCCCCUCGAAAGACCUUCAGAAGCGCUACGGCGGCUUCAUCGGCGUGCGAAAAUCGGCCAGGAAGUGGAACAACCAGAAAAGGUUUAGCGAGUUCCUGCGGCAGUACCUGGGGAUGACCACGCGCUCGGCCGAAUAUGACAGUUUUACCAACGACGUGAACGAACUGGACGAGCAAAAUGAGAUCUGAGACUUGUUGUCCGUUGACGAGCAUAGUUGAUUUUAGAACUACGAAGGCAGAAAGUCAACCGCCACCUUAAGAGUAUCAUUUAAGAAGCCCUCGCCAGUGCCGUUGGUGUUCCGGAACCACGCCUGGUGGAUGUACGCCGGACAGCUUGAAUCAUUAUCUUAAAACAGACGACAUCUUGGUGAA